AUGGCUGCCAUGACCGAUGCGGAUGCUGCUCAGUGGCCAGGCGAUAUUUUGGCUCGUAGAGACUCCUUGAGCAUUAGCGAAGGAAGUUCUGGAGGAGAGACAGCCGUCGACACUACUCUACGCACCUCAAUAAUUGAUGCCUUUAGGAGAACGCGAGAGCGUUCCGACUCGCCGCGACCAUUACGUCAGACUCCUUAUUUAUUGCAGCCGGCUAGCCGUGAUCGAAACGAGCUGCAGCGCUCCAUGGGAUCAGCACUUUCAGGCAAAGAUUACCGUGAUCAAAUAUCCCGAAUUGCAACGCGUACGAACAUUGUUCAUCAUCCCUCUUUGGAGUCAUACAUUCAUAACACGACAGCUCAUACGCCACAAGAAGCGACGCAGACAACCUUGCCCUCCCAAUUUCUCUCUAUUGUUCCAAGGGUAGUCGCUGGACCGUCGUCCGAACCCUCAAUCUGGAGUCUUAUCCACAGCGAAGCCGAUAUACCUGUUGCCAAUGUGAGCGAUCAAGUCCCAGUCACGGCCUCUAAGAACGUAUCAACGCCUUUGGCCACUCAAUUUACAAUUGCCCCUGCGAAAUUGGCGGUCAAUUUAGAUACAAGUGACACAGGUUCCAGCGCUUCACCACGAUUCAUCUCCCGUUUGAGACGCAGACUUGGGGAAGCCUCUCUGGGGCUCAAGGCUACCCACUUGGGGCGGUUGAUGAAUUGCUCCGACUCGAGACAGUUGGGCGCAAACAAGCGCGGCAAACAGCCAGCUUUUGAUUCAACGCUAGCACCCGAUGGCCGACCAUCGCAAGUGUUGAUUAUGUCGGAACAGAAAGAGGUGGUAUUAGGCCAGACCCCAGAUCAUGCAGAACGGAAUAGAAUGAAUGUGAGCGCCCGAGCCUUCCACCAUGUAGAAGUUCCUGAUCUGACGGAUGUUGACCAGGAGGUCGUCACGAUGAAUACUGAGCAACGAGUCGAACUAGACAGGACCGCUACAAGGGGGUUCGUCAUUCUCUCAAGCGAUGGAACCGCAAUAACCGACUUUGCAGGCCAUGCAACAUCCAACGGUGCAGAUGAUAGAGUUGCUUUUCGUGACGAGGACCAGGAACACAUCUCGGAAUGUUUUGCUCGUGGUUCACUACUUGCUGGUGUCGGAAUUGAAUUUGGUCCAUACAAUCACUUCGAUACCAUCCAACGCAAUGAUCCUGGCUUCGAUCGUCAAUUAUUCAUAACGUCUAGUUCACGCGUUUCGGAGGCGAAUACUGUUGUAGAAGGACGAGCGUUUGCUCCACCAGAUCUUAUGAGAGAAGCACUACUUCAAGAACUCGGCCAUCAGGCUAAGCACGUACUUCCUUCAUGGACAAUGACACGCAGAACUGUGUACAUACAUAUACCCACAGAGGCGAUUGGUGGUUCUCACUCGACUCCGCUGUCCGGCUUUCACAGUACGGGGAAAGUGUUGCCACUUGCCCUCGCAUCGUCAGCCUUCGCCGAAGUAGCAGUGGUCGUAUAG